AUGGAAUUUGUGCUUGCUUUGGAUCAGAUAAAACAGCUGAUAUCUGUGGAACAGGCAGAAAGUGCUUCGAAGGAUUUGGAUGUAUACCAUCUAAUUGUACGUUACCGUGCGAUGCAAAAUUAUCAGACGGCCGCGAUAACAACGAUAACUGCACGUGUGGUAAAGGUCCUGCAUGUAUCACCGGGGGCCUGUGCAUGGGUGGUAAAUGCUUUUGUAGCAGUGAUUCCCAAUGUUCAGAGACCGAAACUUGUGUAA